AUGAGAGCAGUAGUACUUGCACUGACUCUAGCCCUUGUGGCGAGUCAAUCUGUUAACCUUGCCCCUGAUUUUGCUGCCAGUAAGACCUAUGUGUACAAGUAUGAGGCACUGCUCCUGGGUGGUCUGCCUGAGGAGGGUCUGGCUAGAGCUGGAGUAAAAGUCAUCAGCAAAGUUCUUAUCAGUGCAGUUGCAGAGAAUACCUACUUGCUGAAGCUUGUGAACCCUGAGAUCUUUGAGUACAGUGGUGUGUGGCCCAACGAUCCUUUCGUCCCAGCUGCAAAACUCACUUCAGCCCUGGCUGCUCAGUUCUCGAUUCCCAUCAAGUUUGAGUAUGCCGAUGGUGUUGUGGGUAAGGUAUUUGCCCCCACUGCUGUCUCUGAAACAGUGCUGAAUGUCCAUAGAGGUAUCCUGAACAUUCUUCAGCUCAACAUCAAGAAGACACAAAACGUCUAUGAGUUGCAGGAGGCUGGAGCUCAGGGAGUGUGCAAGACCCACUAUGUGAUCAGGGAAGAUGCCAAGGCAGAGCGCAUCCAUUUGACCAAGAGCAAGGAUCUCAAUAACUGCCAGCAGAGAAUCAUGAAGGACUUUGGUCUGGCUUACACAGAGAAGUGUGUAGAGUGCCGGCAGAGGGAGGCCCUGAUGGGAGCUGCCACUUACAAAUACCUCAUGAAGCCCUCUGCCAAUGGUGCUCUGAUCUUGGAGGCCACUGUUACUGAGCUCCAUCAGUUCACACCAUUCAAUGAGAUGUCAGGAGCUGCCCAAAUGGAAGCAAAACAAAUGUUGACUUUCGUUGAGAUCAAGAAGGAUCCAAUUAUUGUCCCCGAUAAUAACUAUGUUCACCGUGGAUCCAUCCGGUAUGAGUUUGCCACUGAGAUUCUCCAGAUGCCCAUUCAGCUCCUUAAGAUCAGCAACGCACGUGCUCAGGCUGUGAAGAUCCUGAAUCAUCUGGUCACAUACAACACGGCACCGGUCCAUGAAGAUGCUCCUCUUAAGUUUCUGCAGUUUAUUCAGCUCCUGCGCAUGGCAAGCUCUGAGACUAUUAAUGCCAUCUGGGCUGAGUUCAAGGCCAAACCAGCUCACAGACACUGGAUCCUGGAUGCUGUCCCCUCCAUCGGAAGAUCAGUGGCUGUGAGAUUCAUCAAGGAGAAGUUUUUGGCUGGUGACAUCACUAUUUUUGAGGCUGCUCAGGCUCUGGUUGCCGCUGUGCAUAUGGUGGCUGCUGAUCUGGAGACUGUCAAGAUUGUUGAAAGCCUGGCUUUCAACCACAAGAUUCAGACACACCCAGUUCUACGUGAGAUCGCCAUGCUUGGUUAUGGUACCAUGGUUUCCAAAUACUGUGUUGAAUAUCCCAACUGCCCCGCUGAACUUGUGAAGCCCAUCCACGAACUUGCUGUUCAGGCUGUUGCUAAUAGCAAAUUUGAGGAACUCUCCAUGGUUCUUAAAGCUCUGGGUAAUGCUGGCCAUCCUGCUAGCAUUAAACCAAUCACAAAGCUCCUGCCCGUGUUUGGAACUGCAGCUGCUGCUCUGCCCCUGACAGUCCAGGCUGAUGCAGUCUUGGCCCUGAGGAACAUUGCUAAGAGGGAGCCUAGAAUGGUCCAGGAAGUUGCUGUGCAGUUGUUCAUGGACAAGGCUCUCCACCCAGAGCUCCGCAUGCUUGCCUGCAUUGUUCUGUUUGAGACAAAGCCCCCAAUGGGCCUGGUGAUUACUUUAGCUAGCAUUCUGAAAACAGAGAAAAAUCUGCAGGUGGCUAGCUUCACCUACUCUCACAUGAAGUCCCUGACCAGGAGCACCGCCCCUGACUUUGCCUCAGUUGCUGCUGCCUGCAAUGUUGCUGUCAAGAUGCUCAGCACCAAAUUUAGAAGAUUGAGCUGCCACUUCAGUCAAGCCAUCCACCUGGAUGCCUAUUCCAAUCCCCUGAGGAUUGGUGCUGCUGCCAGUGCUUUCUACAUCAACGAUGCUGCCACCCUUUUCCCCAGAACUGUCGUGGCCAAAGCUCGCACCUACUUUGCUGGAGCAGCUGCUGAUGUUCUUGAGGUUGGAGUGAGAACUGAGGGAAUCCAGGAGGCUCUUCUGAAAUUACCCCCAGCUCCUGAAAAUGCUGACAGGAUCACCAAGAUGAGGCGUGUCAUUAAGGCUCUGUCUGACUGGAGGUCCCUAGCCACAAGAAAGCCCCUAGCCUCCAUAUAUGUGAAGUUCUUUGGACAGGAAAUUGCCUUUGCCAACAUCGACAAGUCCAUCAUCGAUCAGGCACUUCAGCUUGCCAACAGUCCUUCUGCACGCGCUUUGGGAAAAAAUGCCUUGAAGGCACUGUUGGCUGGAGCAACUUUCCAGUAUGUUAAGCCCCUGCUGGCUGCAGAGGUGCGUCGCAUCUUCCCCACCGCUGUUGGUUUGCCCAUGGAGCUCAGUUACUACACUGCUGCUGUCGCUAAAGCAUACGUCAAUGUCCGUGCCACUCUGACACCUGCUCUGCCUGAACCCUUCCAUGCUGCCCAGCUAUUGGAAACAAACAUUGAGCUACACGCCGAAGUUAGACCAAACAUUGUCAUGCAUACAUUUGCUGUGAUGGGAGUGAACACUGCAUUCAUCCAGGCUGCUAUUAUGGCAAGAGCUAAGGUCCGCACAGUUGUCCCUGCAAAAUUUGCAGCACAGCUUGACAUCGCUAAUGGCAACUUCAAGAUGGAAGCUUUCCCUGUUUCCCCUCCUGAGCAUAUUGCUGUCGCACACAUUGAGACCUUUGCUGUGGCAAGAAAUAUGGAGGAUGUCCCAGUCGAGAGAAUAACUCCCUUGAUUCCUGCCCAAGGAGUAGCAAGAAGCGCACAGCAGUCCAGGGAUAAGUUCACAUCUAUGAUUGCAGCCUCUGCUGCCUCUUUUGCUGGAAGUUUGUCAAGAUCUUCCGAGAUCCUCUCUUCUGAUUUGCCAUCCAACUUCAAGCCCAUCAUUAAGGCAAUUGUAGUCCAUCUUGAGGAGACAAUCUGUGUCGAAAGGCUUGGAGUCAAAGCAUGCUUUGAAUUUGCCUCAGACAGUGCUGCCUUCAUCAGAAACACUCUUUUCUACUACAUGAUUGGAAAGCAUUCAGUCCUUAUUUCUGUGAAACCAUCAUCUGAACCCGCCAUCGAGAGGCUGGAGUUUGAAGUGCAAGUUGGACCCAAGGCUGCAGAAAAGAUUAUCAAAGUCAUCACCAUGAACGAAGAGGAGGAAGCUCCCAAGGGAAAAACUGUACUGUUGAAGCUCAAGAAAAUUCUGGUGCCUGAUCGGAAGAACGGCACCAGAGAUUCCUCUAGUUCCAGCAGCUCUCACUCUAGUAGUUCCUGCUCUAGAUCCAGCAAAUCAGAGAGCAGCAGCUCUUCCAGCUCCUCCAGCUCCCGCAUCUCCGAGGUAAGGCUACUGUUUCUCACAAAACUCUUUGAGUCAGAUAUUUAUGGAGUUGACAAACAAGGCACAGACCUGUUGCAAACAUACAUAGAUGUUAAAAAUGUGAAGAGAAUUUAUUACGACCGCAAAUUCAAAAAGAAUCACAAGUCAAGAUUAUCAUCUCUUUCAUUGUGUGCCAUUGGGAGAGAGCGCAGAGAUGAAUUAAGAUUUGAAAUGUGUUUCUCUUCUCAGGACAAAUUCCUUGGCAAUAAACAUGCCCCUAAGGUGAUCAUCCUCUUCCGUUUAGUGAGAGCUGACAAUAAGAUAGAGGGAUACCAGGUUACUGCUUACUUGAACAAAGCUACUUCCAGACUGCAGAUCAUUAUGGCUGCCCUUGAUGAGAACGACAACUGGAAACUGUGUGCUGAUGGUGUUCUGCUCAGCAAACACAAAGUCACUGCCAAGAUUGCUUGGGGUGCAGAGUGCAAGGAUUAUAACACCUUUAUCACUGCUGAGACUGGUCUUGUUGGUCCAAGCCCUGCAGUUCGUCUGAGGUUGUCUUGGGACAAACUCCCCAAGGUUCCCAAGGCUGUUUGGCGCUAUGUUAGGAUCGUGUCUGAAUUCAUCCCUGGGUACAUCCCAUAUUACCUGGCUGACUUGGUUCCAAUUCAAAAAGAAAAAAAUAGUGAGAAACAGAUUCAAUUCACUGUGGUUGCAACAUCUGAAAGGACCCUGGAUGUCAUUCUGAAAACACCCAAGAUGACACUGUAUAAACUGGGUGUGAACCUCCCCUGUUCUCUGCCCAUUGAGUCUAUGACUGAUCUUUCUCCCUUUGAUGACAACAUUGUUAACCAAAUCCACUACUUGUUUUCUGAAGUCAACGCAGUUAAAUGUAGCAUGGUCGGAGACACAUUGACAACAUUCAACAACAGGAAGUACCCGGUCAAAAUGCCUCUCUCCUGCUACCAAGUUUUGGCUCAGGAUUGCACCAUAGAGCUCAAAUUCAUGGUUCUGCUGAAGAAGGAUCACGCAUCUGAAGAAAACCACAUCAAUGUGAAAAUCUCUGACAUUGAUGUUGACCUGUACCCUGAGGACAAUGAUGUGAUAGUGAAGGUCAAUGAAAUGGAAAUUUCCAAGGACAACCUCCCAUACCAGGACCCCUCAGGUUCUAUCAAGAUCGGUCGGAAGGGUGAAGGCGUGUCUCUCUAUGCCAAAAGCCAUGGUCUCCAAGAAGUCUACUUUGAUAGCAACUCAUGGAAGAUUAAAGUUGUGGACUGGAUGAAGGGACAGACCUGUGGACUCUGUGGAAUGGCUGAUGGCGAAGACAGACAGGAGUACCGUACACCCAGUGGCCGCCUGACCAAGAGCUCAGUCAGCUUUGCCCAUUCCUGGGUGCUUCCUUCUGAUUGCUGCCGUGAUGCGUCUGAAUGUCUCAUGAAGCUCGAGUCUGUGAAGCUGGAGAAGCAGGUGAUUGUUGAUGACAGGGAGUCCAAAUGCUACUCUGUUGAGCCUGUGCUGCGCUGUCUGCCUGGAUGCCUCCCAGUGAGGACCACCCCCACCACCAUCGGUUUCCACUGCCUGCCCGUCGAUUCCAACCUGAACCGCUCUGAAGGUCUGAGCAGCAUCUAUGAGAAGAGUGUGGACCUGAUGGAGAAGGCAGAAGCCCAUGUGGCCUGUCGCUGCUCUGAGCAGUGCAUUUAGUGCUCUGGUGGAGCAUAUACUGUAACUUUUAUAACAGAAAAUAUGUAAUUUCACAUCACUGAGAUGUAACCUACAACAUUA